CGCCCAGGGGCGAUUUAAUGGCUUCAUUUCAUUUGAAAAUCAUAAUAUUUUCCUUACUCAUAGGCGAUGACAAUAGAAAUUUACCGUUAAAUGCGUGGAACACAUAAUUUUAAAUAAGGUAACCAGCUAGUUGCGGUGGGGUCCGACCUUCCACUGAUUAAUUAGGCCUCCAAGUUCAUAAAUAGCCCUGUCGAUUGGUUUCGAGAACAGAUUGGCAAGCGAUUUAAAAUAGGCAAUUACGGGUUCAAUGAAAAUCAACUUUGGAAUUAAUUUUAGUAUUGUUAAUUGAUUCGCAUCAAAUGAUAGUGUGUUUCGGUGUCACGAGUUGAAUUGUAUUUAUAGAUAAUAGACUUAAACAUUUGUAAUCAAUUCACUCGUAUGUUGAAGGUACCGUUGUGCAAGAAUAUUUUAGAAAGAACAAUGGACUUAGAUAUUUGCUCAAGUACUUCUCUUGAAUGCGAAACAAAAUCUGACAUGAAGAAUUCAACUAUUCUGAAGACACCUGAAAAAUCGCAGACAUCCAGCUACACAUACAGACAGAACCAUGUAUCCACAGUACUCCUCAAUGGCAUACCAAUCGUGUCCUUACAUAUAGACGGAAAGGAAAGAUUGUGCUUGGCCCAGAUUUCCAACACCCUGCUGAAACAGUUUAGUUACAAUGAGAUACAUAAUCGCCGUGUUGCUCUGGGGAUCACUUGCGUUCAGUGCACGCCAGUCCAACUAGAAAUACUCAGGAGAGCAGGGGCAAUGCCAAUUUCCAGCAGAAGAUGUGGCAUGAUCACAAAACGAGAAGCUGAAAGAUUGGUGAAAUCUUUCCUAGAGGACAAUCGUCCCCCAAAAUUGCCGGACAACUUUUAUUUUGAAGUUUUUCAUUGUUGUGGUUGGGGAUGCAAGGGUAAAUUUGAGCCAUCUAGAUACAAUAGUUCCCGAGCAAAAUGCAUUCGAUGCAAUUUUUGUAAUCUGUAUUUUUCACCGAAUAAAUUCAUAUUCCAUUUUCAUCGAGCUGCAGACUCUAAAUAUAACCACCCGGACGCUGCAAACUUUAAUUCCUGGAGACGCCAUCUCAACCUCUCGAAAGGUGCAGACAAUGAUGACAUUCAUCAUGCAUGGGAGGACGUUAAAGCAAUGUUUAAUGGCGGAAGCAGGAAGAGAAUGCUUUCCUCUGAUGGCUACACAGACUCACAACCUACACAUGAGGAAAAACGACAAAAACCAUCUACAGACGAUGGACUGCUGGCGAAGUCAAGUUUCGGGUCUCAAUAUCAAAGUUAUCCAUUGUUUUCAAUGCCGGGAAAAACUUAUCCAUUCGGUGCGUUAAAUACGCCAAAUCCUCUUGCACUGCAGUAUCAGAUAAACAAAGCAGAAUUAAGGAAUGAAGGAAAGCAAACUCAAAAUAUUGCAUUUCAUCCAUGGAGACAAUCAACAGACUACAUUAUUCCGCCAUAUGAUUUAUUUUGGAGCAAUCAAUUCGCAUCUAGACAAGGUGGAUUACCAGGAUUUGGGAAAAACUAUUUCAACAGUUCUAAUGUAAAAGACCUGACAACCUCCAUAAGUCUUGGCCAGUCCCCCUCUGACACACACACCUCGUCCGAAGACGAAGAAAGUAUUUCACAAACAUUUGGUUCACCUUCAGAGCCUAUAAAAUCUAGUAGCCAGUCGUGCAGGCCAUCAGCUUUUAGGCCUGUAGGAAAGUCUUCAAGAAAUGAAAAGGCUGAAACAUCUAUUGAACAAAACAAUGAUGAACUUAUUAGAGACGAUACUGAAAAUAUAAACAAUAGUGAUUUAGACGAAUCCGACAUUGACAUUGAAGAUGAGUGUGUUUAUAAUGACUCAGUUGAUAAUAAUAAAACAGAAAUAACAGAUAAUCGACUUUAUUCACCUGACACAAGUGUUUCAACAAACAUCGACGGUUCAAAUGGCGAGGAGUCGAGGGUUCAAAAUCCUGUUGCCGAGGAACAUAUUUCUGAGGGCAGAUCAUCAAUUACUGGUGUAACAGAUUUCAAACAGGACGAACGAGAAGUAGAAGAAAAUAAGACCCAAAUACUUGAUAACGAAGUAGAAGAUGACAUCAACUCAAACAAGCCUUCACAGUUAAGCCUUGAAGAUGUCAACAAUAUGACAAAGGAGGAACUUCAGAAACAACUUAAAAGUGAAAUGGACAUCAGGAAACAGGUUGAAGAAGACAUUAACAAAAUCAAGAAAAGUCUUCAAGAUCAGGUUACCAAAGAGAAGUCGCAAAGAGAUGAGAUAACCCAACAAUUACAGGCAAUGAAAGAUGCCCUGUGCAAUGAACUUGAACAAGAAAGAAAAAUAAGAUUUUCGAUGCAGCAGAAACUGAAAGAGGCACACGACGCUCUCCAUAACUUCUCGUGCAAAAUGUUUACAAAUAAGCCAUGCACGGAUUGUGUUAUCAAAGAAGCCAUGCGGCAGUAGAUACAACUGUAUGGUAUUAGAGAACAUAAAGAAAAAGACUUUAAAAACUCAGAGUGCUAUUUUCCAUUCCAUAAUUCUUGUUGGGACACAGUGCUAUCGUUGCCAUAUGCUUGAGAGACGCGCACGUGCGCAAGUUUAUGUAUAUGAUUUAAAUUUGCAACGCAUGUUUUAUUCAUUCAACAUAU